ACGGCGAAUAUCGUACGCUUGGCCCUUAAAAUCAUUGAAGUCAUUCCCACGGUCAUAAAUUCGUGUAGCUUUGACCACAACAUCCCCUAAAAUCAGGAGCACGUCUUUUUUCAUUUAAGCCGAAUGGUUCAUUGAACAUGAGGUUGGCCACCUCUGCUAUGUACGCGCGCUUUCUUUGUUGUUUCAAACUAGACAAACGCUUYCUUUGUACGCCAUGCCCCUGAUGAAAAAGCUAAAAAUACGUGAAUGUGAUGGAGUUUAUGUAUAAGACAUUGCGUGCGGUAUACCGCACAGUACAUACAUAAAUGUUUGCGCAUAGUCUGACGCUGAAGCUCACGAGCAACCAAUAAUGCGCAGCACCUACURACAAUGCCCAAACAAUCGACAGUGGCGAACACCUAAUCAUUUAAGCCAAGCACUCCUUGCUGCUGCUCAUUGACCUUGUGUUCUUGUGUUGCAGUUGACAUUUGGCAGUUGCUGUUGUUGUUGCAGAGUUGGGAAAUGUCCGCGAUUGUUGACUUUCUUCUUUAAUUCUUUUUGGUUUUAGCCGUGCGACGGCCUUUUCAAAGGUAUCCACGAACGGUUGAUACUGCGUAGUCGGUUAAGUCACCAGUUAAUGACUUCCUAUCUACUUACUGGCGAGCUUUUGCUUUGUGUACGGUCGUCGGCGCUUAGAUGCCAAUAGACGCAGACAAAGCGUUUAACAGCUACAAAACUUUAGUAGUUAAUAGACGUAGGCCCUUUGUUCGUCUUCAUGAGUGUAGAUCUUCAAUUGUUUCUUGUGUUGAAAAGUACUCUGUUAUAAGUUAUCUAAGAAAGCAUUGGAAUGCUGGUGGAUUGUUGGUAAAGUGAAUAGAAACGUGUCAUUUGAAGGAAGUCGUGAACUAAUUAAAUUAGUUCCAGUAUUGAAACUGGAAAAUAUAAAUAAAAAUAUAUAUUUUUUACAUGAUUUUCAUUCGCGUGUUAUUGUGGUAGCUAAACAAAGUACUCCGUAUAUGUAAUAAUAUGUAUAUCAAGAAAUCAGCUAUGAAGGAUGUUAAGUGUUAGGUUAGGCUUAUAGAUUCAGUGCAGCUGAAGGAAACGAUUUUUCAUGGUUUUCACUGAUCUUCACGUGACUCAUGCUUAGUCUGAAUUUAACACCGUUUGUACUAAAAGCAUAAUUCUUCCACUUAAUUUUCUACAGUUAUACGACGRAAAUGCACUUCUGGAUAGACAAACGCUCACAGCAAUGUGGUUUUGGGAGAUCGCGAGUUGCAGCUUCACUCUCCGGUGCCGGCGGAUCCGGUGUGGGUCUCAGUUUUGGCCAUCCACCGCGUCGAAUAAGCGGAGGUAGUGGCAAUAAAGCGAGCAGUAGAAGCCACGUACUGCCAGACUGUCAUCACAACACUGCAGCCAGCAGCAGCAGCAGUCGYAGCCAUCAAUAUCAGCAGCCGCAAUUGCAACACCAUCAUCAACUGCAGCAGCAACAACAGUAUGCCAAUAACAAUAAUAAUUWCAACAGCGGCAACAAUUGCCAACAAUCAAAUACGCACAGCAGCAAUAAUAGCAAUUAUACAGGUAAUAUUAGCACCGCCAAUGCAACAGCCUCAGGCGCCGCAAUGCAAUCGACUACAUCGGCGACUCUUAAUAACAAUCCCCACCAGUACACAUACCAGCAGACGCAUCAGCAUGGCAGCCCUUCAGUGCAGACUCAUAAUGCGUCUUCCAACAACAAUUUAAUGAAUAACAAUAACGCCAGCACUUCUACGUCCACGGCCACGGGCAGCGAUGCGCGCGGCAUUACACCAGCAGCGCAAGAUUUUAACCAACGCGCAGGCGCACUACUACAAAGCACCGCAGGCACACCGCAUACACCGCUGUAUCAGCAACAUCUUAAUCAAUGCUAUGAUAUGCGCAGCUAUCAUCAUCCACAGUUCGGCAAUAUGUCCGUACGACACUAUCAAUAUUCGGGCAGGACUUGUAAUGGGCCAACACACGCUAACACAAAUCCGCCGACACAUGCAUAUCGUAAUGGCAAUAACAGUGGCGCAAGAACAAUAAUUGGUCCUGCUCAUUCGCAGCACAUGGACCCAAUGGCAUAUCGACAGCAACAUGGUUACAGUCACUCUGCGGCAGCGUGCGCUCAGUCGAAUGAGUCUAUAAUGGGCGGUUCCGCGCCCAUUUCCACUAAUACCACGAAUACAGCGAGCUAUGCGGUAGCUAACACAGCGCAUCGCUACAGUUCGGCGGCUUUAAAUAUGCGUACYAGCAAUAUGACAGUAGACGCGAACGGUGGAGAUGCUCAGCUGCUACCUUCACACCUUAAAUGUGGCAUGUGUGCGUCGCUUGUGCUGGCUUCCGUCUUUGUGGCGGGCGCAAAAUUUUAUUUCGACCAUCAGGGUACCGGUUUGGAAGUAUUGAUAUUUUGUGCUUUCUCUGCAACUUUCUUCUUGGCCGCCUGCACCGUUUCACUGUGUCGCGUACCAAAAGGACUAUUGCCAAGCGGACGCAAURCAGUGUUGGGCGCGCAACAGCAUGCUGAUGCAGAAAGCGCUAUACAUUAUACGCGUCCACCAUACGGCAGACGUGAUAUCGUGAAUGCUGAUGGUAGUAGUGAAUUAGUUGGUUCGGAUGAUAUACAUGGCGCACCUUUGUGUGGCCAGUUGCAAUUGAUUGAGGAUUCGGCAAGUGCCGGUCCACCACCAUAUCAUAUAGCAAUAUACUUUCCUGAGACAGAGAGCAAUGGAAAGGGCAAAGACGUACCGAUAGAUGACGAAUCACCGCCGCCGUCCUAUGAUAAAAUACUUAUCUAAAUCUAUAAAAUGCAUAGUAAUAAUAUAUGGGAAUGUAGUAGAGAGGUACAUGUGUUUACGGCCAAAAAACAUAAUCAGCAUUAUUGUUACAUAAUUGAAAUUCGCAUCCUCAUUUUCUCAUAUAAAAAUCGUAAAUAAUUCACAAUAACAUGUCUUACUUCUGAUUAGCAGGAUAUACAGGGUUUGUCCGGAAAGUAAGAGGACUGAUUUUCUUCCGCCGCGACURUACUUCGGAGCGUACGUGCACCGACUGGAUGCGAUGGAGGGCAUUCCUAGCUAACGAACGAGCGGAUGGUCAGUUGUCUCCAGGCACCUGGAGAGAGGACAAAAAUUUUCSCGCGACGUGUUUCUGUGAGUGGUGUAAGCCGAAAAUGCAGCGUUCGUUAGAGCAGAUGCACGCAAUU